AUGGAGUCGAACGAACCUACAAUAAUUGAUCUCAAAUCAUCGUUUCUACGCGCACAGAUUCUCGCACUUUCUCAACCUCUUCGACCAUCUCAAGAUUGGCAAGCUUCUAUUCCCGAGGAAGAAAAUACCUUGCGACAGCGCGCCAUUGAUGAAGCAUUAUUCAAGCUCAACACUAUCCUAAAGCAGCAUAAUAAGAUCAGUUAUCCUCCGCAGGCACAGCGACAUGUUGCGGAACAAAUCGAUCAAUUAUAUUGGGCUGCUGGGGAGAGAGAUGUAAAUGUAAAUGGAGAGGAGUGGAGUGAAAAGGGUGCGGAUUAUCGCUUAUCAUCCAAUAUCGAGAAAUUGCCAGAAGAAUGGAGCGAAGAAGCAGAGACGAAAGCACCGAAGCAAGCCACGAAAUACAAAAAAUUACAAAGUAAAUUGUUGGAAUUGAAUGAGAAGCGAAGAUCCGCAAAGGAGAGACUUGAACAGUGUAAGGCUGCGAAGAAAUUACUGGAACCGUUUGAUCAGGCGGAUAAGAAUGUGCAAGAGAAUCUUGUUACGAAGAAUGGUGAAGUGGAGAAAGAGUUGGAGAGAAUGAGAAUGUUGAUGUUAAGAGUUGAGAGGGGAAUCGUGGGUUUGGAGGGAAAAGAUAGGGAGGAUCAUAUGGAUAUUGAUUUUGAGGAGGAUGAUAGGGAGAAAUUAAAGUUCUUGGGGAUCACAUAA